UAUAUAUAUAGAUAUAGAUAUAUGGGGAUCAAUUUAUCUCGUAGAAAUUAUUUCGAAACAAAUUGCACGCAGUGCUUUGUCUUUCUACGAUUGAACAUUUUGAAGUCCGAGCAAGUUAACAAUUGCAAAUUGCGAUGCCUUCGAUGUUUCGCAACCUCUUAUAAUAGCUCGUUCGCGAACGAUCAUCAGACGGAAGUAGCUUUUACAUCGGGAUAACUGUUAAUCUGUUUUCGAACCAUUGUAACCAAAUCGACUGAAAAAAAAAUCAGAAAAGAAAUAAGAAGCUGUGGGACUAAUUACAAAAUUACAGGUAAAAGAGAUUUCUAAUCUCUUUGUUUUUGUUCUUUUAUUUUUUUACGAUUAUUACUACAUUGAAACGAUGAAAAUUUACAACAGCAGUAUAUCAAUACUGUCUAAUUAUACAUUUCAAGAAUUUUAUUUAUACAUUCAGGUUAAUUAAUUACUGGACUCUGACUCGGAUAAAACAGAUUAUUCUAAUUCGAAAGAAAAACGAAGAAAAACGCUGUUAAUUCAAAGAUAUUCAAUCAUUUGUAAAAGUAUGUAUUUAAUGUAUUAAACAGUUGACUUGCAUAAACUUUUUUAGAGUAUAUAACGAUUGCAUGAAAAGAUAAUAAUAAAUGUUUGAUUCUAAUCAAAUCAAUGACAUGUAAUUUGAAUCUUAAAUCAUCAGAGAGUUGGAGUUGACUUGAUUGAUCAAAUAAAAACAUUGAGAAAAAAAACAAACUCAGACUCAAAAAUCGGGGGAAAUCCGCCGGGUUAAUCCAGUAUAAUUUAACUAACACGAUGACUUAAUAAUGAUAGUGAUAGUAUUUAGGACCCUAAAUACGAGCAAGCACGCUGUACUCGAUCACGGUCUCUCGUUAUAAGCAUCUGUCUUGUCGAUCUUCUUUAUUCCUGUCGCGUUCGCUGCACAAAUGUAUCCACUUUCGAUGGCUCUGAAUACCAAAUGAAUUCCGCCGUAUCGAACCAUAAGAUCACCAACACGAUCUACGUUCUGCGUACGUGAGCUUGUUUUACAAAAUCGUCGGUCCGCGCCGAGUUUCGUCGAAACGAUCAUCAAGACACGAGACAAUCAAACUAGUCAGACUGAUCAAUUUAUAAUUUCUCGGACUUGAAACAACGCCUUCUCUCAGAGACUCGAGUGACCAAAUAAAUGAAUGAAAGUUCAAUUCCCUGCAUUCUGAUAUUUUCAACUCAGUUUUUAUACUUCAGCCCUCGGUAGUUCUAGUGUUCGCCAUAAUUCGGCAGGCAAUUUAGUAUCCAAGUUUUCAGGCAAGAGACAAUGUGAUUGCAACUCUUUUAUUAAAGUCAAGAAUGUCAUUUAGACGUGGUGGAGUCAAAGCUGCAAACGCUUCUUAACGAUGGUGCAAACAGUUUUAUGGAGUUCGAUUGGCUGCAACCGGAGUUGCCGGCGUUCUUCGACGAAAAGAAGUUUCUCCUCGGCCAGCAGAUGUUUUAUAACAACGCUUUCACCAUGAUGAUUGCCAAACUAUGCGGACUGUUAUCUUUAUUCGCUGUACCAUCGAUCAAGGACGUUUUAAUGUUCACCAGACAGAGUGGCGUACGGUGCAACGCGUUCCGCAGAUACGUGUCCACCAUUUUGCACAAUUGGGUCUGGUAUGGGAAAAUGGCCGGCGUAGAAAAAGAAUUCCUCGACUCGUUGAGAAUCGUGCGGAAGAAGCACUGUGUUGCGUUUCGAAGAAGCUCGGAGGCCGGAUUGAACAGAGUCUCGCAGCUGGAUAUGGCACUCGCUCAAUUUGGAUUCAUGGGUUUUACCCUGCUGUCUGGUGACUAUCUUGGGGUGAACAACAGUUCCGAGGAACUCGAUGGACUGGUUCAUUUCUGGCGAGUCAUUGGCAGUAUGCUGGGCAUGCAAGACAAGUACAACAUUUGCACGGGGAACGUCGAAGAGACGCGUGCUCUUUGCAGGCGACUUCUAGACCAAGUCUUCCUCCCCUCGCUCGUCAGUAAUAACAAGGAUUUCGAAGAGAUGAGCCGUGUUGUGUUAGAAUCUCUAUGGCCCGUGAAUCCUUAUAUAGAUCCAAAUGCUUUCAUCAAGUUCACAUUCAUUCUGGCCUCCAAAGCCGCCACGAAUAAUAACCAUUCGUUAGAGAUAGAUUCAUCGAACAUGUCGUGGUACAGCAGAUUCAUUUUGAACGUUCAACUAAUUACGCACAGAUAUCUGCUAGCAACAACUUACUGGUGGUCCAGAUUCUUCAGAGCGUACUUAAACAGUCAAAUGCGAUUGGCGAUCUACUUGACAGAAAACUUACCGUUCUUAGCGUUUCGGAGUUAUGGUAUAAAACACUCUUAUGUCGACAUAUACAAAUAUCGCGUCGUUUGAUCGUAGACUUUGAAUUGGACAGUAAUGUGAAACAAUAAUGAAAGAAACAGGGUUACCAAUGUGUGCGUAAUUCGAUGUAAAAUGCUCGUAUGAAUGUAUGAAACGCUCGCCAUGUAUAACGUUAAGGUCGAUUUAAGUCGAAGCCCAGUUUAGAGGAUAAGUAGUUUUAAGCAUAAAAGUGAGUAGCUCUUAAGGCUUUGCAUCUAUAAUUUUGUAUUACACUGUGUUUAAUGUAAAUAUAGAUACAGCGAGCAACUGGUUGAAGUUAAAAAGCAACGCUAUCUGUAUUUAUAUUAAUAAAUUGAAUCGAGUGACGUGUGAAAUUGGUUACAGUUUGAAAGACAAUGACCCAUCGAGCGUGCACCAUUCUCGCUUACGUGAAAACCUUGUUUGAAAAAUCUGUGUAAAUCUUCCCACACAACGUUCUUACAAUUUCAGUCUUACAAGUCUGCCUUGUCUCUCGCAAUAUGGCGUCCGGUGAGUGUUCCUUCUGCGGACGAGACUACAACGACACUUUCAUUUCAGAUCGUAAAUCUGUCGUUCAGUCGUAUUUCAUUCUGAGCGGAAACACGUCACGACGAAAUCGCUUCUUCGUCGUUUACCUUCCUUGCAAACAAACUCUUCGCAAAUAUGAAUAUCCAAUUGAAAGAUCGCGAUGAAUCGAAUCUCACGACUUGAACAAGUGCGUGAGUAGAAACUUACGUACAAUAUUAAUUAACCUUGGAUGCUAUACGCGAUACUGUGACACUGCAAUAAACACGAUGAUGAAACAGAUGUAUAACUCGUUGGGUAAAAUACGCUUGCGAUCCUAACGAUAGUACCAUAAGACGUUACGUUCCUGUUUGUUAAAUUCUUUAAACCAUCGAGGGAGUAUUUCUGAUAGUUCAGAGUGUUCUUUUUAUAAAUUUUUUUUUCCAAGAAAUCAAUAGACUCUUUUGUAUCAUUUUUUUUUUUGUAUACUUUGUUUAUCAAUUGUUCAAGAAUAUCAAGUAUUUUUUCUUUUUAAGUGAAAAUAAUCGAAACUACGUGAGUUAUUAUAUUAUAAGUCACAUGCAAGUACUGAAAUAAUGCGUCGAAUUGCAUGGCAUUUGGAUUUCGAUUGUUCCAUGGAACUGCGCCAGUAGAAAGUUGAAACUCGUCAAGUGAUUUUCAGUCCACGAGACUCGAGUAAUUGCGCUCCAACUUCUAGAAAUUGUAUGUUUUUCCUUCGGUAACUUCCGGUUGGGAUCAUCCUCGAUGAACGUGCAUAAUGACGGAAACACAACGUCGCGUGUCGUCCGCAAUUUUACGUUCUGUCAUCUGGCCAUCUUCGAGGCUAAGCGUUUCUUCAUGUUGAUCCUGGAGAUAUUCGCCGAAUGGCAGAUCAUUCGAUUCGCGGGUGGUCUGCGGCCAGUCAUAUUUACCUUAGUAAACGUCAGCUUAGGUUUACCAACUGCUCUGUUCACGCUCCGUAGCGUACGAUCACGAAAAGCACCGCGUUGCUGCGCGAAAACGAGACGAACGUUGAAGUGCUUGUCAAUGGUGAUCGCGAUAUGCGCCAUAACGAACGUAGCCACCCUAGCCUCCAUAGGAUAUCACAUAAGCGUCAGGGAAGAAACGUUAAUCGACGUUUUCAACAGUUCGAUGCACCUGUACGUGAGUGCAGCCUCUUACAAGUACACGAUCGACGAGAUACAGUUCAUCUUUCAAUGCUGCGGCCAUUCCUCCUACACAGACUGGUUCCUCUUUGACUGGCAGGUGAAUCCACCAUUCAAAACGGGUAACUCAAUGCACGGUAUAACAAGUGUGACAGAAUAUCUUUCACAAUGUAACAGUAUCAGCAAUGAUGUUCCCGCAAUCGUAGAGAAUAGACUAUGCUUCGCGAGAAGAGAUGGCUGUUCAAACUCCAAUAUCCGACGAGGUGUAUAGAGAUCGAAGUGUCCCAUUUAGCUGCUGCAAUUUACGUGCAAUGAAACCGUGCGAACACACGGAGAUGUUGGGAGCCGAGGUGAAAACCAUAAAUACGAAUGGCUGUGUCGAAGUCGUCGCACCUGUUAUCUUCAGAAUCAUCGUCGUCGCUUACGUCAUGACAAGCACGUUGGUCAUCAUCCAGGUCUUCUUAGCCUUUUUAAUUACCAAGUUCAGAAACAGAUGGACAAGAGAUCAGCUCAUCCACCAUAAAUUGGGAAUCGCGAUCAAGAUCUACGAAGAAACGUGAUAAACGUAAACGAAAUAACAAACGUAUACCAUCGAAAAAUAAAAGCAACGCGAGGGACAACUCUAAUUCUUCCUCGUCGCCAUUCGACUCUUCGGCUGGAAGCAAAAACUCCGAUCGUGUUUGUAGAAUCGUCGAUGCUGCUAGAAUCAAACCGAGCACCCACGAGGAGCAUACAAUAUCCAAGAAACGAUUGCACGAUGAUGGAACGCGUUGA